UCACACCUCCAGAAGGAUACAGCAACUUCGCCAUGAGCCAGACACAAUGCGCUCACCACCAGGCUUUCGUUUCCUGUGAUCUCACUGGCGUUCCCAGCCCUGACACUCCCUGCAAAAGAUGUCAGCAUCCAAAAGAGAAUUGGUUUUGUUUGUCCUGUAAGGACAUCUUCUGUAGUAGUAGUGUGUAUGGACAUUUCAUUCAGCAUUAUCAGGAGACAAAGCAUUGUCUUUCCGUCAACUGCAGUAACAAUUUAAUUUACUGUUACUCCUGCCGUAAAUUUCUAGAUGCGGAAGUGAUCCAAAAAUUAUGGGCCAAGGGUCGAUCAUCUUCAUCCAAGCUAGAGAGCAUUGAUGCAAUGAUUGUUGAUGUUAUUGAUCUCUUGUCUAAGCCAAUUCCUAGUAUCAAUGUUCAUCCACAGUUGGAUGUUCAGUCGUUUGGAGGCCAGGAUGAGCUUGCAUUGGCUAAGGAGGGACUACGGAAGAUCUUUGAUUGCGGGUUAAAGGCUCUAGCUGAUCCCAAAGUGCAAGAGGAGUUUCUCCUUUACUCAGCCACACUGCUAUCAGCUGAGUCAUGCCCCUCAGAAUUGAAGGUUAACCUUUCAUCAUUCAGGUGCAAUCUUUCCGAGGAAACGUCUGCUUUCGUCAAAGCUCAAGAUGAGUUGAAGGUGGCCUCAGACUUAUCAGCCUCAAUCACUCAGAAGAAGUUUGUGGUGCUGCAACAAACUUCAAAGUAUGAUGAGGUGAAGAAAGAAAUUGUCGCCUCGGACGAGAAAGUUGCCGGCUUCAAGGCCAUGAUCAAAGAGUUGGAAGAACAGAUCAAAAGGUUGGAAGCUUGUUUAGCCACAGAAGAGAGCAACAGGGUAAAGAUUGAUGAGGCUAUCGGUUCCAUCGAGAAACAAGUCACCACCGCGAGAGAUGGAUUGGUCUCGGACUUGGCACAAGCGUCUUCCAUGGAAGGAUCGACCCAAGCAGCUAACAAAUUAGUAGCUCGAAAACAGUCGGACUGGGAUAAUCUAAAGCUGAGUUUUACUAAGUUUGCAUGAUGCACUUGACCUAAUUAAGCUGUUGUUUGUAUUUUGGUGGGAUAAACCACAAGUGUCUAUAUGAAUUCCAUU